AUGCUGGAGCAUCUGUCACCCAAGUUCAAGAUGCCGCCUAUGGAGAGGGAACCUCGCGCUGCGCUGAUCCUCAACCGCUUCACGAGAAACCUCACAGUCAUGUUUGCCACAAACGCAGUCUCGUCCAUCCUGGGACUUCGCCCAGACCAGAUCAAGGACUUGAGUUUCUAUCGAUGCAUUCAAGAAAACUGCCUCCCCGAAGCCCUCAGGUGUUUGGAGAGCGCCAAGGCGAACGAUUCCAUUGCCUACCUGCGGUUCUGGUUCCGUGAUCCCCGAGCGGAAGAAGAUUUCUCCGACACUGAGAUGGAAGCACAGGAGGAUGGUAACCUGAGCUGUUCUACGAGCGACUCGGAGAGCGGUGGGGCUCAGCUCGACAACGAGAUGGAUCUCGAUUCAGAAGAUGAUUCAGGCCCAGAGAUCAAAGUCGAGCGGGAGCCCGGCUCCCCGAGGAAUGGCCUGUUACGAAGUCUCAGUACACAGGCUAGUGAGCGCCGCAAGUCCUACCAAGGCUCGGACGGCGAAAGCACGGCGGUUCCGACAGCAUUUAGCAAUGGCUCUGGUCAGGCGGUCCACAACAAUGGAGCACUUGUCAACAGCGGUGGAGCGGCUGUUGAUACGAGGCGUCAGCUUCUGCCUUCGAUAGAGCUUGAAGCCGUUGUCUCCUGCACAUCUGAUGGGCUGGUGGUGAUCCUCAGGAAGGCCCGACCCCCGAUCCCGGCUCCGCACCCGCCGCUCGUGUCCUGGGAGUUCCAGAAUGGACUUUUCGCGGCGCCAUGGGCGCAACAACCAAUCCGACCAUCCAUACCACCAGAGCUCAUCUAUACAUUCCGACCGCCCCUGCUGCCUCAGUUUAUGCCGCUCAGGGACAGCGUCAAGGCUGCGGGCGGCCCACCACUGGAGCAGCUUAUGAGAUCCAUCCGAGAUGUUGCGGUCUUCGCGUGGGCCCUGGCUGGUAUCAACGGCAAUCUGGUAUCACACAGCCACGGCUUGCCGGCAGGGGAGUCUCAACCACCAGAAGGACUACCGAUAUGGGAUCCGAACGCAGGAGCGCGGUCGUACCUCGGCCCCGAGAACCAGGCGUCUCAGCGAUGGGAAGAGCUCGACAGGGCCAGAGGCUCGGGUUUGGACACUUCUUACGGAAAUCAGUACGUACAGGAAGGACGGGGUUACGCUCAGCUGCAGCAGCAACAACAUAGCAUGCUACACUGCACUGAGAACUACACCUAUGCUCAACAACCUCAAGGCUGGUCCCGGCCGCACGUCACUCAUACCACUGUCUACGAGCCCGCUCCACAUCCCCACGUCGCCCAUGCACCUGCACUCAACUAUAGACAUUUUCAGCAGCAUCAUUAUCCGGCCUCGCACGCUCCGCAGCAGCUGCAGGCUCAAGCAGAUACAGCCUUCCAUGGCUUACCCCAGGAGGCGAGCUCCUCGUCGGCUUCCAGUCCGGUGUUUCCGACCCCAUCGCAGUCUGGGAGUUCGUCCGACCAAGGCCAGGGAUACAGGUCCCUCUGGCGCUGA